AUGACCUUAUUUGCAGUGGCAGACUUCUGCUUGAUUCCGAUGGGUACACCAUCACCAUCAGUAGGGAUCUAUAUCGCCGAAUGUCAACGUGUAUUGGAAAAGAUGAAAGAAGAGGGGAUAAAAUAUGAAAUGCACGGAUAUGGUACAAAUCUAGAAGGACCUUUUGAUGUUGUCUCUCGUGCGAUAGAAGCUUGCCAUGAAGCAGUUCAUGCUAUGGGUAUCCCACGCAUUGCAACAGAUAUCAGAAUAGGCACUCGAGUCGAUAAGCCGGAUAAAGAGCAAUGGGCAGAUGGAUUGGGCGAGAAUGAACGUAAACGAGAGAGCGUUCGUCGAACAUUAGCAAACAACACUCAACAGCAGUGA